AUGAGGGGAAUUCAGGAGUUUGUGUCUGUGCAAUCCCACAAAGAACGAGAUAAAGAAAAGAUCAAAUUAGCUUCCACUAGCCAUCAGCAUCCAUCUAUACCAGAAAUGUUUCGCAAAUUGAAACGAUACAGCAACAAACCCAGACCCCUAAGCAUCGAUUUUGGCGCACCAUCCCAUGAUAUUUGGAUGGGUUUCAAGGAUGACACCAACAUAAUGAAGGGUAUUAUAGGAUCAAUAGACGUUGACUUUUGGAAUUCAGUGGAGAAGUUCGGUGCGGGAGCUCUACCCGAAGAGGAGCCUAGAUGUUGUCUUAAUAAAGCUGAGGGUUUUAACAGAGGAUCUUCAGAAAGCCCACUGAGAAGAUCCGAAAAGUUUCAAGUUAAAAAAUCCCCUCAAACUCCUUCUACGGCUUCUUCUGCAAACUCGUCUCCAUCAACACCCACUCGAAAUCCCACCCAACAUAGUAAAGUUGAACCUCCAUGUACUCCCCAAAAUAUAGUCAACAGAAAAGCUUCAUUGUUAUGGAAAAUUAAGGAAGCAGGCAAGUACCUCAACGAGGAUGACUCUAACGGUGAACUUAUUGUCCCCUACAUUGGAGAUAUUAAGAAGAUCCUUAGGCAUUCUUUUCAAGAAGAGCCCGAAACACAAUGGCCCAACAAUAUCAACACCAAUAGUAAAUCUCCAUUCAUUGAAGACGAUUCUAUAAAAACUUCAAAACAACUAGCAAGCUUAAAGGAACCAAUCUCUGAUUUCGAAGCCAAAGAAAGUCUUUUAGAUAGUGCUGUUGAUCAGUAUUACUCAAGUUUGGGUAAACACAAGAAUGAGGUAAUCACCAAGUUUAUGAACAAAUUGAAUUCAUCCCCUAUGGGAAAGUUUAUCAAGGACAACGAACAGGCUAUCUUUGCAGAAAUGGGGCCCAACAUUACGCUCUGGCAGCUAUGGGAGCGAGGAGAAUCGAAAUGGAGAGAACUUCCACGAAGCACAAAAGACAAUUAUCUCACAAGUUUACCCGACACUAAGAGAGCUACUUAUGAGUACUCUCCAAUACUAAGAGAACGGAAACUGACACCAAACACUCAAAGACAUUACCUGGGCGAGUACUAUGAAGGAAGUUGGAUGCAAGAAUUGGAAGAAAUACCGUUGACCAAAUCAGGUAUUCCAAAGGGCACAGUUAAAAAACUGGCCAGUUUUUUCACAGAGGAGGCCAACAAGUUAGUGGAAACUCCUGAAUCUCCAAAAAAAGAGUUCAAAAGUGCUGAACUUAAGGAUGAUGAAGCUGGAUCCACAGAUACUGCUACCAAGCAAGAUCCAAAAAGUGACGAAACCAAAUCCUCAAUUAAUUUACCCGAUUCUCCACUCCGAACUCCAAUACAAACGAUGAAAGAGCCAUCCUUUAAGGUUUUAAAGGAAUCAAACUUUCGGAAGAACUCUCCAAAGUCCAAUCAAUCAGACAGAAUUCUACAGCCAAAACAUACCAAUACCUCUUCAACAUCAUCGUCAUCUUCAGGGGACCAAAUAUUGAAACUUUCUAAGACUACAGCAUCUUUCUUGAAGGAAAAUGAUAAACCAGCGUUCAAGAUAUCAGAUAAUUUAAGUUCUCCAAAGUGGACUUCAGAGUUGAAACUGAAAAAGACAUAUCUUUCUCCAGCGGUGGAACUACUGGAAGAAUUAGCUCAAGAUGCAGAUGAGCCUAUGCUCCCACAACAAUUGUUUAGUCUUUACCGCCAGAUCAUCCCGGAAAUUGAUGCUGAGUGGUCUGACAUACCUAUUUCAGAGCAACAGAAAUAUUUUCAGGUGACUCAAAAGGUUUUUGGACUAUUUCCCAAAAAUGUGUGUUUGAGCACAGGAUACGACGAUUCGGUCGAUUCUAUGGAUGAUCACUUUAUAGCAGUAUGA